AUGAAUAAUUUUGUGGCUUCAUCACUUCUCAACGAAUGCAUCAUUCUCAGCAAGUCGGCCAAAUAUGUUGUUGACGAAAAAAUCGGUCAAGGCGGUUACGGUGCCGUCUAUCGAGUACAUCCCGAACCAACGGACGGUAAAGAAUACGCAAUGAAAGUGGAGCAAAAACUUGAACGACGAGAACAUUCAAAACUUAAUAUGGAGAUGCAUAUAUUAAAAUUAAUGUCAUCGAACACCAGUGAAAAUAGUCAUUUUACGAAAAUUAUCGAUCGUGUGAAGAAGGAAAACUUUUUCAUGAUUGUUAUGACAUUAGUCGGUGACAGUCUUGCGGAUCUGAAGAGAGAACGUUCACCGCCUGUAUUCAGGUAUAUCCUUCCAACAACAACAUCUAUUUCUUUCUCCAUUAGAACUGGACUCGGAGUGUCCAUUCAG